CGUCCCGCCGAAGCUUCCAACUUCACACAACUCCGCGUCCAUCCGACAUCAGCUGGAGUUGUUUCCAUGUGCAACAAAGAUGAAGUUCACUGAGCAUCUCUCAGCUCACAUCACGCCAGAGUGGAGGAAACAGUAUAUCAGUUAUGAGGAAAUGAAAUCAAUGCUCUACGCUGCAGUAGAGCAAGCACCAUCAGCAGAACUCGUAGAGCCUGACGUUUUGACCCGCUACUUUGCCACCUUCGAUGAGCAAUUCUUCUCUUACUGUGAUAAAGAACUUACCAAAAUCAACACAUUUUAUUCUGAAAAGUUGGCGGAAGCUCAAAGAAAAUACGCCAGCUUGAAGAGUGAGCUGAGCGAUACGCAAGACUGGCAGUUUAGAGGAAAGACGCAUCAUAGCAUAAGAAAUAACUUUUUGAGAACAAAAAAUGUACCUGCUAGAAAAAUGCAAGAAGUCAAAUUAGCUUUUAGUGAAUUUUACCUUAGUCUAAUACUACUGCAAAAUUAUCAAAACCUCAACUUCACUGGAUUUAGGAAGAUACUGAAAAAGCAUGAUAAGCUCCUAACCGUAGACCUGGGAGCAAAAUGGCGAGUAGAACACGUGGAAAGCUCCCAUUUCUACACAAACAAGGACAUAGACAAACUGAUACGAGAAACAGAAGCAACGUUUACGCAAGAGCUAGAGGGUGGUGACAGACAGAGGGCGAUGAAGAGGUUAAGGGUGCCACCGUUAGGUGAACAGCAGAGUCCUUGGACUACGUUCAAGGUUGGACUGUUUUCGGGGGCCCUGAUUGUUUUGCUCAUAUCUGUGAUUCUCAGCGGAAUGUACCACGACCGUACCGACUGGCUGACGGUGACCCGCCUCUACCGCGGCCCCUUGCUCAUCGUGGAAUUCCUCUUCCUCUGGGGCGUCAACAUCUACGGCUGGCGAUCAUCAGGCGUCAACCACGUGCUCAUUUUCGAAAUGGACCCCCGAAACCACUUGUCAGAGCAGCACAUCAUCGAAAUGGCCGCCAUUUUCGGAGUGCUUUGGUCGGUUUCGGUGCUGUCGUUCCUGUAUAGUGACAGACUUGGGGUUCCUGCGUAUGCGAACCCAUUGGUACUGUUGAUUGUGAUGCUGCUGUUUGUCGUUAAUCCCACUAAGACAUUUAGACAUGAGGCUAGGUUUUGGACGUUAAGGGUCCUGGGUAAGGCAUUUAUGGCACCACUGUUCUACGUCUCGUUUGCAGACUUUUGGGUCGCAGAUCAACUCAACAGUUUGACCACACUUUUUACCGAUACGCAGUAUUUGAUUUGCUUCUACAUGACAAAUCCUAACUGGUCUGUGGGCGUAGACUCCAACUACUGUGUAGUGAAUUUCCUCGGCAUCCGAACUUUCAUGGCUUGUCUUCCGCCUUGGUUCAGAUUCGCUCAAUGCUUGAGGCGAUAUAGAGAUACUAAAGAAGCAUUUCCGCACAUAAUCAACGCUGUCAAAUACUCAACGUCGUUCUUUGCCAUCAUUUUCUCAACUUUGAGCAAGGUAUAUGCAAACGACUACGCCUCUGGCGAGAAUCCUUUUCUCUACCUAUGGAUAGUUUCAUCUCUGAUAAGCUCGUGCUAUGCAUACACCUGGGAUAUCAAACUUGACUGGGGACUCUUUGACUCAAAGGCUGGAGAUAACAAGUUUCUGAGGGAAGAAAUCGUAUACCCAUCAGUGUGGUUCUACUACUUCGGUAUAUUUGAAGAUUUCGUAUUACGAUUUGGCUGGGCAUUUCUCAUAUCCCUCACUGAAAUGGGGUUUGCGUUAGAGAACAACAUGAUCACUAUCUUAGCUCCCCUGGAAGUGUUCAGGAGAUUCAUGUGGAACUUUUUCCGCCUAGAAAACGAACAUCUGAACAACUGCGGCAAGUUUAGAGCUGUCAGAGACAUCUCAGUAGCUCCGUUGGAUACCUCUGAUCAAACAUUGAUCGUGCGCAUGAUGGACGACGAAGAUGGAGUCUCAAACAGAAGAAAGAGGAAGAACACCACCAAAAGAAGAGAAAUAGAGGCAAAGUUCAUCUUAGGAGAGGGGGAAUCAACAGACGAUAUGGACACGUAACAGUAUGGCAGCAUUUUUAUUGAAUUGGAUGUGUAUGCUGUUAAAAAGGGGAAGGAGUGAAAACAGCGGCGUACGGCAAAGGGUCCGGGGUUAAAACAGUGUUUAUAAAGAAGGUCCCAAAUUACUCGCAAUCGUCUUUUUUCCUGUGGGGCGGGUUUCAAACUUAUUGCUGCGGACUAUAGUAAAAUUGUCAGAUCUAAGUCUAAAUACUCCUAAAAACUAAGAAGAUCUUUGGAGAUUGAAUAUGAAUAACAUGUUACCAGGUGCGAAACCUGGAGAAGUAUAUUCACCGUUCUCUUCUGUCACGAAGAUGACGUAUAGCUCCGUAUAACCCGAAAUCGGCCUCAAAAUUUCUUGUGCAUUAAAACUCUGAUAUGUGUCGAACCAUGUAGAUCUAGUUAGUCAAUGGUAGAACUUGAGAUUAUGACGCGAAAUAGCUAUUUGAGGUUGAGUUAGGUCGAAUUUACUUUUCUUUUGGAUAAAGAUAUUUGCUGGGAAAGGAAGUAGAUAGUAUAAAAAUAUAUAUAAAACAUAUAAAAAUAAAGCGAAAAAAGAGAUACGGUUUUUGGAUGAUAUACCAUAUGACAUGUGCAUCACGAAAACCCUUGUCACUCAUUUCCGUCGGUCUGUCUGGCUUUCUUGGAUCCUUAGGUUAUUCCUUCAUAAUGAUAAGUUCAACUUGGCAUAAUAGUAAUGCUAGAUCAAUUGCCGCAAUUUUGUUAAACGAGUUUGAUCAAACAGCCUCCACCAUAAAUAUGUAAAAAAGUGUUGGAAAUAACUUUGUAGACAAUUAGACUGUUUUGAUAAAAAUUGUGACAGAGUCCACAGAUUACGAGAAUUUGCUGGUUUUUUUUCAUAUAUAUAUAUAUAUAACAAAAAUCCGCAAAAAGAAGUAAAG